AUGUCUGAGCACCUAAAUAUUCCUGGCUAUAGGAUAGUCCGUUUGGAUCGAGUUGGACAAAGUGGUGGUGGUCCGCUCGUGUACAUUAGGGGAGACUUUCAUUUUAAGACUCUGAGUUUUGAUGUGUUAGUGCAGACCCGUGUGGAACAACUUUGGAUCCCUGGCGCUCCAAUUGCAUCACUUGUGGCAAUCGAGGAAUGCAUCAGACAGGCAUAUUUGACUCAGGACGAGUUAGUAGCGAUCGGCGAUGGUAAUGUCGACUUUUUAAGGAGCGACUGUUUACUUCGAAGGCAACUGAGUCAAGUGUUUGACUGCUACGGUAUCAAUCAAGCACUCAAAGAGCCCACGCGAGUUUCUGAUCAAUCAUCAACAUUAAUCAAUAUCAUAGCUAUGACGAACUUUGUUUCUCUACUUGAAUGUGGAACUGCUGAUCUUCUCAAUCUGACUGAUCAAAGAUUGACCUUCUGUAGGUUGGACUUUGUAAUAAAAUCCAUAAAACCGCGAAAAGUAACAUUCAGGAAUUUUCGAUAUUUCGAUACUAUUCUGUUUGGGCAGGAUGCCUCCACCGUAGAGUGGGACUUUAUCCAAGUGAUUCCUUAUUUGUCAGAAAAAGAGCAAUACCUCACCAAUGCCGUAAACUUUCUUUUCGAUAUGCAUGCUCCAUUUAAGUCGACCAUUGCUCGUAGAAAUCCAGCACGUCCUUAUAUAACUUCUACUGUUAAGGAAAUGAGCAAACUUAAAAGAGAGGCUUAA